AAAGGGUUUCUGUAAAACCUAUUAACAAAAAUAUAUUUUCGAUUAUUUCGAUCUUAUAAUCACGUUUAGCGGACAAUGUUAAUCAUAUCCUGAGGUUUGGAGCUUGUUCUGAUGUUUUCUGAGUGAAUAGUGAAUUUUUUAAUAUUAGAAUAAAACAGUCUGAAAAUCCUAAUUUUUGUAAAACUGGCUUUUCGGUAGAUUUUCAAAACUUUUUCCAAAAACCAAUAUUGCCACGAGACUUGCAGGGUCGAUUAUCCACAGUCUAUCCAUCUUUAAGGCUACCAAAAGUCACCGGGUGCCAGUACUGAUACUCGUCGGAAAUCCGAUACAACUCCCGAACCGCAAAAAAUCAAGGUCUCCUUUAAUCUCAUUUUGAAGAAAAUAUCCCGGACUAUCAGCUCAUGAAAAAAGAUAAAUACAUUCCUAUAUGAAUUUCGGAAAGCCCAAGCUAGUUUUCCAAAGAUCUACUGAAAAACCAGCUUCAGAAAUUUUUCUGAAAUUCACUUUUGGUUACACAAAUACGGGAACAGGUGUCUAGUUUUCAAAACUGAAGGUCGCUAUCUAUCAAGGUGAUACAUAUAAUGUACAAGGUGAUAUAUAUAAAAAUAUAUAACCUAGUAAUGAUACAUAUAAUACUGGCGAUUAACAGUCUACCCUCUAUCCAUAUUUGCUCUUUUUCGAGAUUACUCGACUAUGUGUUUUAAGAAAAGACAUAAAACAACGUUUUGAGGCUAACUUACUGCGUCAAACUUUUACUGUGCAGAUUCUUCGUUUGCAAUCCGUCUACUUCGAGGAAUUUCAACCCAUUUAUGUGUGACAGAUGUAGAACUUAUCACCUAAUACCGCUUGAUAUAUUCAUCAUAUUUCAUUAGUCAGCCAUGUUCAAGAAAAUUUAAUCGAUUACAGCGGUAUAAACGCUGUAUUGGAUGCUGUAACCAAGAUAACUGAUUUUUUAAUCAAAGAUGAUUCGAAAAAAACCUUCUCAAAUAUCUUGGAACGAUCUGAUUGCGCGUGGAUAAUCAUGGCUACUAGCUCAAAUACUUGAUGAAGUAAAAGCUUGAUUAUCUCUAUUCUAUGGAGCUUUAUCUGUAAAUCUCAUUAUUUUUUAUGUCUUAAGUAGUAAAUAAAAAGAUAGCCCUUUUUAGCAGAAAAUAUAUUCUCUUUAAAUGUCAUAUUUCUUAUUAUCUGCCAUUAUAUAAAAUAAAUUAUAAUGAUAAUUUUUGUUAUUUAGACCCAGACAGAAGAUCAACAAUAUAUCCAAAUUCACAAGAUACAGAUGUUCAUUACUUUGGUGGUACAGAUAAAAAGUGUUUAACGACUCUUGCAUCUUACGAUAAUGAUAUGAAAUUAUGUACAUGUAAUCGUAGACAAUAUCCCAGUUAUAUUAACGAUAAUUUCGAAUAUGGUUUAUGUACACGUAUGGAUUCGAAUAAUAACAUAAAAGCUGAUGAUAAUUUAUGUCCAAUACCAUUGACAUGUCAAUUACGUGAAUCACCAUCAUUAAAAUAUGUUUGUUCUUGUGGUAAAAAUCAAUUUACACAAUAUUCUAUUUUCCAAGAUGAACCACAUUGUGGUAAGUUUUUCGAUUAAAGAGAAUCAAAUCAUUUGCAGUCCUGUUCAUAAUUAUAAAGACAAGUUGUUUUUGAUUUUUCUUCUCUACUGUAAUAGAUAGAGGAAAAUCUGAGAAAAGACUUGAAUGGCUGAAAGAGUGUUCAAACUUGUGUCAUGCACAAGCAAGGUCUCUAGAAAACCAGAAUUUGAGAAAGCCGAGUACUUAAACAGAAACUUUUGUAAGCACCGUCGUUGUAUAGGGCAAACAUUUCUGAGCGAAAUGAGGCAUCUACGAGCUCUUUGCGACACGUUUUCAUCAAACCUCAUUUACUUUACGGGAGGUCCUAGAGCGUCAGAGUUACUGAAAUUAACAAGAAAACAGCAAAAAAUGCUGUUACGCCCCGUAAUCACCCAGCGAGAUGUUAUAUCACGACAGAACGGAAAAAGACCACUGCCCGACUGAGGAAUUGAACCCCAGACCUUCCGAUUACCGGUCGGACGUACUGCCAUUACACUAC